UAAAAUACAUCUUAAGGGAUGAGGAUGAUGAUUGUCUGGUUACAGGGUACAAGUUCAUUAAGAACAUAUCAAUUUUAUAGUGUGAUACAUUAGCCAUCAAGGAGGGUCGUAGAAAUGAGAGGAACAAUACAUGAACAUGUAAUAUACAGUUUCAGUGUCUCAAUUUUAUGCAUUAGAGCAUCGUAUUAGGCCCCAUCAACCAAUAAGAAAUUAUUCAUUUUACAUUAAUCAUAUUAAUCCUAGGAUCUUAAUGCCUACAAAUCCUUUUAUCAAUUAAAAUAUAAAAAUUAUCAUGUAUCUCAAAUUUUAUAAAAAUUCUAGAUUUCAUAAAAAUUGUAUUAAUUAAAACAUAGCUUGAAUCCUUUUCAAUAGGGGAGGAGGAAAGAUGUCAUAUAUGGUAUAAAUCCUAAUUUUAAUUUCGUAAAUAGUAUUUAAUUAACAUACUGUUUCAUUAUUGCUUUUUAAAAUAAGGAAUAAUCUUGACGUCUGAAAAUUUUUAUUUCCAUUCUAUAGAACACUCAUUAGAAAACAAAUUAUGCUGUGAUAUGACAUAUUAGUAAUUAAGGGAUAAUUUAUUUAGGAAAUAAUAAAGAAAUAUGCUGAUUAUAACAUAUAAGCCGGACCGCCUCCAUCUUGUAUAAAUCGAUAUGAAACCAAGCCUUGCAGGUCUCAGCCUAAAGCAUCACAGUUUCUCAUAGCCCACAGCAUCAUGGGCAAGAGUAAGAUGAAUUCCAGCUACUUCUUCAAUUGUGCUUAUGGUAUCUUGUAGCAUCCUCCAUAUAAAGAUAUUUCCCAACAGGCAGACUGGGUUUAAAGAGCAAUGCUUUGAAAAGACAGAAGGACUUCUUCAACAAAGAUCAAUCCAGGCUUGAACGUAAUGAGCUCACAUAUAGCGAAGAGUUCGGUGGUGCUUCCUCAACAGCUCCAUCUGGUUAUGUUGCUGAUCACAAUUCCUUGACCAAUUUGUUACAAUGUGAGAAUUACUUAGAAGAUUUAUGCCAUAAGAGAGAGGAAGCUUUGCAAAAGCUUAUUGUGGAGUUUGAAAAGCAAGUGCUGAAUGAGUUUGUUCAAAGCAGAUAUAUAACAUUAACAUAUCGAUGUUUAAAAUUAAUGACAAAGGGUCCCACAACUGAAGCUUAUUUAGCUUGUCGUGUCAUUGGUUAGUAUCAAUCUCUUUCAAAUAAUAUUUACUUAUGCUUGAUUGACAACAUGACACUAGCUACCCAUUUCUUGCAUAUGAUGGAUUACUGGCUCUCACUGUUGACAAUGGCAAUGCUGCACAUGAGAUAAUGAAAGAAUCAGUUCCACAACUUUGUGAAGCUUUCAAAUCUGGCUCCAAUGCAUUCAAAAUACUGGUGUUACAAUGUCUGGCUAUUGUCACCUUUGUUGGUGCAAGUAGUCCAGAUGAGGUGCAGCUUUCAAUGAAAUAUAUAUGGGAGACAUGCAAUUCAGCAGAUUCUACCCACACUGUGUUACCUGCAGCAUUAUCUGCAUGGUCAUUUCUCCUUUCAGCCAUUGAUGGGUGGAGGAUACAUUCGGAGUAUUGGAAGGGGUCUAUUUUGUUCCUUUCGACUUUAUUGGAAAAAGAUCAGCAUUCUCUUUGUGUGGCUGUUGCUGAAGCUGUGGCCCUUAUUUCUGAAAUUGAUAGAAUAAAUAAUUUUUCCGAAGAAGCAUGCGCUACUUCUGUUGAAUCACUAAAAUGCGAGUUAUGUGCGGAAGUCAAGAAGCUUUAUGAGGAGUGUCAGGAUAGAAUCCAUGAUAAAGAAUUCUUGCAAAACAUCCUGCAGUAUUUUGAGAUUGGUGUGUUUGAUGAAGUUAUAAUGAAGACUUCUAGCCAAGAUGUGAUUUUAAAGGUGUCAAAGUGGAGUCAAAUGAUACAGGUGAGGCACAUUAAGCACUUCCUUCAAAGUGGCUUUUCAAAGCACAUGAAGGACAAUGAGCGACUUCAUGAUAUAUUUAAGUUCAUAGAAGUAAUUCAAGGAAAUCGUCCAGUUGAAAAGAUAUUUGUGCUAACAUCUGCUGAUCCAAAGGAAAGGACCAUGCUGAGAAAUAGACAACGAGCGUUGUCUCAGAUGAAGCAUUUCUCGGAUUAAUGCCUAUGAAGAAUAUAUCUACAAUAUGGAUUGAAUUGAAGAUGCAUGAAUCUUGCCACAUAAUCAACCAACUCAAGAAGAGCACAGAGAAGUUCUCUCUUGUUUCAUAGCAACAUUAACAGAUUAAUAGAAUUUGACAAUUUAUUAUGUUUCCAUUACCUUGUAAUUGAUAAUUUCUGGUGCAUGGAAGACAAUCUAAGUUAAUUUGCUUGAUUAGAAAGUAAUACUGAAAUUAUUAUGAUCUUUUUCUCAUUCA